AUGGACGGUGCCAUGUCGGAAUAUGCGCAGUCGGCUGAGCAUGGCGAGAAGAAGAGCCCCGCAAACUUCGAGAGAUGUUUGCCGGAAGGUCAGAAGUUUCGACUGAUGCAGAACAAGGUGCGCAACCAGCUCUCCUUGAUUUUCAAAGCACCCCAACUUCGCCGGCUGGAAAGAGCCAUCCGCUGCCGAAAUCGCCUCGUUCUGCAGUCCUUGAUGGAGGAGCUCUCCGGAGUCCCCGAGGGCUUGAAAGCUGCGGCACAGAAGCUCCUCUCUGGCUUCCGACCAGAUCCCAGCGAGCUCCCAAAAGCUCCGGAGCUGAAAGCGCCCCCCCCCCAGCCCCCCAAAGCUCCGGCAGAGACCCCAGAAAUCGGCUUGCCUUUGAAGGCAAGCCCACCACAGAAGGCAAUGCCUCAGCCCAAGUUCAAGGCAAAGGGCCCCGCGCCAGUGAAGCCGAAGGCUCAGGAGUCUUCAACAGGAGGUGCAGAUGCCUCUUUCUCUGUGGCUUCGCCGACAGAGCCUGUGGCCAAGGCAGCCCCAGUUCUGGAGGACUUCGCUGCAAGUGCAGCGGCCACUGGGACCGACGAGGCGGCACCGUGGAAGAAGCGAAAGCGGGGCGACCGUUCCGCACCUGGCUCUGCUCCAGGUCCAGCCGAGCCUGCAAGCGCUGAGGUGCGGAGUGCGCCCAAGAGUGCCAAGGACCUCUCCAGGAAGGUGCUCCUGUCCAACGUGCCGCCCUCCGCCAGCAGCAAGGAGCUCCUGGAAUUCUUCCACGGUGCCGUGUGCUCCUCCACGGGACAGACGCUGCCGCCACAUAUCACGGCUGAAAAGCUACAGGUGGUCGAAGCCGUGGAGAUCCACCGGGGUGGACAUGCCGAGGUCACUUUCGCCACAGCGACGAGCGCAUCAAUCGCUACAUUGCUAAAUGGCAUCCAGUUCCAGGAUGCCGGACUGUCCAUUCGGCGGCCGCCUGGCUGCUCGCUGCCUCCGGCCAACAAGUCGAAGCUGGGGAGCUGUACUCUGCAGGACCUCGUCUCUGGCGAGCUCCCUCCGGAGCUUCUCGAGCCGGAGCCCGCAGAGCCCGCUGUGUCAGCGAAGGCUCAGUCUCGGCCCGUCAGCGUCCAGCUCUCUGGCAUACCAACCUCGAUGAACAGCACGAGCGUUUUCGACUUGCUCGCGCAGUUUGGUGGUCCAGUCCAGAGCCUGCACUUGGCACAUGACCCGUCGACGGGCCAGCACCCCGGAAACGGCACGGCCGUAUUUGCAGACUACGAGUCGGCAGUCGAGGCCUGCCGCUUCUCUCCGCUCCUGGGGUUCAUUGAGGUGUCCAUGCAGGAGCCAGCAGAGCAUGCCCAACCGAGUGACGGCGAGGUGGGUCAUCGCAGAUCUCGUUGGUCAGAAGAUGCAGCCGAUGAUGAUCUGGGGCCCUUCAAUGCCAUCCUGCCGCCAAAGCAGCCGGUCGAAGCCGCAGAGGACGAUGACGACCUCGGACCCUUCAAUGCCGUCCUCCCGAAGCGCACCGCGCCGCCGGCGGAUGACGACCUUGACCUCGGCCCCUUCAACGACAUCCUGCCGCCCAAGGCGGCACCGGCACCGGAGGAGGACGAGGCAGAUGACGAUGAUGAUCUGGGCCCCUUCAACGCCAUCCUCGGCCACCGCCAGUUGGCUAGCCUCGUCCGAGUUCUUCUCAAUGCCAACGCGGACCGGGCGGGGGGCGAAAAAGGGGCUCCUUGGCUUUGGACCCCGUUACUCGGAGGUUGCAGGACAUCGCUCCUCACAAGUUGGGUACGUUUUUUGCAAACCACAGCGGAAAUAGAACAUUCCAUGUUAUCCUGGUCACUGUCUCAGAAUCCUUCUGAGAUCCUACGACUUGGUGCUUGUGAUUUCUAG